CACUGAAGGAGACACUGAAGGCACUGAAGGAGUCACUGAAGAAGUCACUGAAGUCACUGAAGGAGGACCCCUACAUGAGCCAGAUAGGAAACACAGCGGUCGUCACGCAGCAAGCUAACCUUUCACUCCUUCUUUCCUUCACCCAGGACUCGUGGACACAGCUUUGGGAGUGCGCUUGCGUGUGAUGGUGUGUGAGUGCUUUGUGUAAAAAGUUUCUCUCUGCCGUCCACUGUAUCUGGGCGUGGCGGUGCGUAAGCCACUUCAGCAUGGGGUUGAUAAAGAACAGAGCACCUCAUGUCAUCACCCAUUUCACGGUUCUUCCAACAGUCCACGGCGUCGAUCUGAGAUGCGUGUCCUGACUGCGCCGCCACCACCACCACCACCACCACCACCAGCGGGACAGCAGAAUUUACAGCAUUUCAAAAAUUAACAGCACGUUUGGAAGAAUCAACAAGAGGAUGAUUGUCACAAAACACCUACUCUUCCUCCUCCUCCUCCUCUUCCUCUUCUUCCUCCUCCUCCGUUCAUCUGCUCUAGGCGAAGAGGUCACUUCAGUCCACUUUCAACAAGAUGGCCUCCCUAGUCGCCACUCCCACGUGACCUACAAUGACUCGCUGCCUGACCUGACCGCGGCCACCGUCUGCUUCAGGGUCAGGCUGGUGCAGUACAGGAAGGUGGUGCCGUUCUUGUCCUACGCCGUGGAAGGAAAUGGGGAUGAGCUGUUUAUAGGCUACCACGCCCUGAGCCACGAGGUGCAGGUGGCGUGCUGCGGGGGCCUCGUGGAAGUGUUCACGCCCACGCAGGACCCUCAGCUGCACCUGGGCCAGUGGGCGUCCCUUUGCGUAGUCCUGGAUCUGGCAGGGCGUCAGGUCGUGGUGUACCACGCCGUCAACAGCAGCCUGCAGCAAUCCGUGAUGCAGGAGGGCGUGGGCGAGGAGGCUGAGGUGCGCGGCGGCGGGCGUCUGGUGGUGGGGCAGCGGCAGGCCGUGGUGGACGGGGGCUUCAGCACCGCCUUCAGCCUGCGAGGCCAGCUGGCGGACCUGCGGCUGUUCGACACUGUGCUGACGCAGGACGAGGUGCUGAGCUUCGUGACGUGCCAGGCCGCUGAGGGCGUGGCUGCGGCGCCCCUCGUCUCCUUCGCCGCCUUGCAGGACGCCUUCAGGGUGGGCGAGGCUGAGGUGGGCAGCCUGCAGGUGCAGGACGCCUGCAUGGACGCUGCCUGGCAGCUGGUGGUCAUCUCGCACCCAGUCACCUUCCACGACGCGCAGAGCCUGUGUGGCCUGCUGGGUCAGCCCGCCGACCGCGCCCUCGUCACGCCCGCCUCCAUGGACGAGCAGGACGCCUUGCUGGCCGGCGUGGCGCCCUACGAGGACUCCUGCCUGUCCGGGAACACCUCACUGGGGGACCUGUGGGUGGACGGGAUGGCGCUGGGGACUGAUUCCUUCCAUAACUUCGUGGAGGAGGUGACGAUGAUAGACAGCGGCACCUGCGUGUCGGUGUCUGUGUGGGGCGACACACGCGGCCUGUGGCACCACACGGACUGCCGCGACCUCAAGUGUGCCGCCUGCCGCGCGCCGCGCCCCUCAGUGUGGUGGCUGCGCGGCCACGACACGCUCCUGGACCACGGCUUCUCUCUGCUGACCGGCAACCUGUCCGCCAUGACGGGCUUCUUCGGAUCCAGCCUCACCCUGGAGGAGGGCGGCUCCGCGGGCCUGGGGCAGUGGCGCGUGGCCAGUGCUGCGCACCCGCACGUGAGCGCCGUGCUGCCGCGCACGUCCCUCACCCACUACCCAUUCGGCGUGCACGAGUGGCGGCUGCGCACUGCCACGUUGGCCACGGUGAACGCCAGCCUGCUGCUGACGCGCUGCGGACAGGACCAGCUGACGUGCCGCGACGGCCGCUGCAUCCAGCGCGACUACCGCUGCGACCUGGAGGUGGACUGCAGCGACUCUUCGGACGAGCAGGACUGCGGCAGGGUGCGCAAGGCUGCGGGCUACAAGCGGGAGGUGAGCCCGCCUCGCGCGGUGGGAUCCGGGGCGCAGCGCGUGGGCGUGAGGGCAGACGUGCUGGCCGUCACCAAGCUGGACAUCGCGGGCUUCCGCGUCACGGUGGAGCUGCGCCUGGAGCUGACGUGGCGGGACUCGCGUCUCACCUUCCUCAACCUGCAGCAGGACACGUGGAAGAACAAGCUGAGCGGCGGCGACCUGUGGCGCCCCGCCGUGGAGUACCUCAGCAGCGACGGCUCCGCCAGCGACCUGCGCCACCGUGGCCACAACCUCUACGCCCUGCACCACCAAGGCGCCGCGCGGGACAGCUUCACAGACACGCUCGAGGACGCGAUCUACCAAGGCAACGAGACCAAGCUGAAGAUGGUGGCACAGGAGGAGGUGACCUUCUCUUGCCCCUUCGACCUCUUCGCCUUCCCCUUCGACGAGCAGCAGUGUGACCUGAUUGUGGCCCUGCUGGAGCUGCCGCGCACCGACGUGACCCUGACGCCCCAGAAGGUGGCUGUCAACUUCACGGGGCAGAGAACCAUGCUACACUACUACCUGGACGACGAGCAGGCCGACGUGGUGCUGCUGGAGAAUCGCAGCGCCUUCAGACUGCGGUUCCGUUUCAUCAACCUCUCCAGUUACUUCAUCCCCUCCACCUAUGUGCCUACCUUCCUCCUGCUGGUGGUUGGUUACCUCACCUUCUUCUUCCCCCUCGACGACUUCAGCGACAGAAUCAUGUCCACGCUGACCUCUCUGCUGGUGGAGGCUGCCUUCUUCACUCAGGUGAGCGCGUCCAUCCCGCAGACGUCCUAUCUGAAGCUCGUGGACAUGUGGUUCGUGUUCUGCAUUAUAUUUUUGUUCGUGGUGAUGCUGGCGCUGGUGGCCGUCAACUCUUUACAGCCGGAGGAAAACACAGACACCACAGUGGAGGAUAUAAGAUGUGAAGAACCUUUUUACAUGCGAUUCAAUCUCAAAGUGAACCCAGAACCUUUACCAAACCAACAAAGCCACGCGCGGGAAGGCGGGAUCUGCUGCUGCGCGGGAAAACAAAAGAGGAUCAAGAAGAGGACUAGGGCGGAGGUUCUGAAUCUAACUUUUAGGAUCGUGUUGCCUAUUCUCCUGAUCUUGUUCUUGAUCUUGUAUUUCUGUAGUGUUAUGAUCUUCCCAGCACCGAUGAAAGAAGAGGUAGAGGUCGUGGAAGAGGUGGAAGGGGAGGAGAUGGAGGAGGAGUACGGGAUGGAGGAGGAGGAAUCGGGGAGUGGGGAACAUGAAGGAUAUGAGGGAAGUGAAGAUGGAGAAGGAGGAGGAGGAGUUCUGGAAGAAGAUGGAGAGGGGGUGGUGGAGGAGGAGGAGGGAGGAAUAUGAAUAGAAAAGGAAGAGGAGGAGGAGGAAAAGGAGGAAGAGGGAUAUUGUUUGUUUUGCACUUGAUAAUAAUAAUAAUAAUAAUAAUAAUAAUAAUAAUAAUAAUAAUAAUAAUAAUAAUAAAUCACUGAGUGCCUAAAAUAAUUGAAAUUAGAAUAUAAUAUUGCAUCUCACUUAGUUCAAAACAAUAGUAAUAAUAAUAAUAAUUAUAAUAGUACUAGAAGUAGUAGUAGUAGCAGUAGUAGUAGUAGUAGCAGUGGUAGUAGUAGCAGUAAUAGUAGUAGUAGUAGUAGUUGUUGUUGUUCUUGUUGUUGUUGUUGUCGUUGUUGUUGUCGUUGUUGUCGUUGUCGUUGUUGUAAGUAAGAGAGAGAGAGAGAGAGAGAGAGAGAGAGAGAGAGAGAGAGAGAGAGAGAGAGAGAU